AAAACCACUACUCACUCCGCUCCGCGUCUUCUCUCUUUCUCUCUCUCCGCCCUCUGCUCAACAAAACGCUGCGUUUUCGCCGAGAUCUGCUGAAUUCCAUGGAGGACGACAAUAAGGCGGGAACAGCUGAGAGCCUCAUCGAUUUGGUCAAUCAAAUAUCUUCCAUCUCCGAUUACAGGCCAACGGUCAAGAAGGAGUACUGCAACUUGGCCAGGAGGCUCAAGCUCCUCACACCAUUGUUCGAAGAGAUUAGGGACAGUAAGGACCCUCUCCCUCAACAAACUUCAAACGCUUUGCUUCAGCUUAAAGAAGCCAUGGAAUCCGCCAUGGACCUCCUCAGAUUCGGUAGUGAAGGCAGCAAGAUUUACAUGGUCAUUGAGAGGGACCAAAUUAUUAAUAAAUUCCACGAGGUGACUACUCAGUUGGAACAAGCAUUGGCUGGAAUUUCCUACGAUAAGCUUGACAUUUCAGAUGAAGUUACGGAACAGGUUGAGCUUGUUCUUGCACAAUUUAGAAGAGCCAAAGGAAGGGUUGAUCCAGCUGAUGCCGAGUUGCAUGAGGAUCUCUUGUCCCUUUACAACAAGAGCAAUGAUGCAGCUACAGAUCAAGCUGUUCUACGGAGAUUAGCCGAAAAAUUGCAACUGAUUGGAAUAGCUGAUCUCACACAAGAGUCGCUAGCUUUGCACGAGAUGGUGAUCGCGAGUGAUGGGGAUCCAGGGGCAAGCAUUGAGAAGAUGUCAAUGUUGCUGAAGAGAAUAAAGGAUUUUGUACUAACAGAGAAUCUAGACAAGGAUGAUAAUGUAGGAGGAAACAGCCUUUCUUCAAGUUGCUGCAAACAAGCGACAAAUGAAAAGAAUCAUCAACCCCCUGUAAUCCCUGAUGAUUUUCGAUGCCCAAUUUCCCUCGAAUUGAUGCAGGAUCCUGUCAUAGUAUCAACAGGACAGACUUAUGAGCGUUCCUGUAUAAAGAAAUGGUUGGAAGCAGGGCAUGGUACAUGCCCGAAAACACAGCAGACCUUAUCUAGUACUGUUCUCACACCAAACUAUGUCUUAAGGAGCCUCAUAGCACAAUGGUGUGAAGCCAAUGGCGUAGAGCCACCAAAGAGACCUAGCAGUUCUCGAACUGAUAAAUCAGCCUCUGCCUGCUCGCCGGCCGAGCGGAGCAAGAUCGAAAAUCUUCUUAGGAAGCUCACAUCUGGCAAUCCUGAAGACCAGAGAUCGGCUGCAGGCGAGAUUCGCCUUCUUGCAAAGCGCAAUGCAGAUAAUCGCGUGGCCAUUGCGGAAGCUGGUGCAAUACCUCUUCUUGUUGGUCUUCUCUGUACACCUGAUUCCCGCGUUCAAGAGCAUGCUGUUACUGCACUUCUGAAUCUUUCCAUAUGUGAAAACAACAAAGGAAGUAUUGUGUCUUCAGGGGCAGUACCGGGAAUAGUUCAUGUGCUCAAGAAGGGAAGCAUGGAAGCUCGGGAAAACGCUGCAGCCACACUUUUCAGCCUUUCAGUUAUUGAUGAAAAUAAGGUUACAAUCGGUUCUUCAGGGGCCAUUCCACCAUUAGUUACACUGCUGAGUGAGGGUACCCAAAGGGGUAAGAAAGAUGCUGCAACAGCACUCUUCAAUUUGUGCAUUUACCAAGGGAACAAGGGAAAGGCAGUAAGGGCUGGAGUCGUUCCCACGCUUAUGCGACUGCUGACAGAACCUGGCGGGGGAAUGGUGGACGAAGCAUUAGCCAUUUUGGCAAUACUAGCUAGCCAUCCUGACGGAAAGGCAGCUAUUGGCGCUGCCGAGGCGGUGCCUGUAUUGGUUGAGGUUAUUAGGAAUGGAUCCCCAAGGAACAAAGAGAAUGCAGCUGCUGUAUUGGUGCACCUUUGCAAUGGAGAUCAACAAUACAUAGCUCAGGCACAGGAGUUAGGUGUGAUGGGUCCAUUGUUGGAAUUGGCUCAACAUGGCACAGACAGAGGGAAAAGAAAGGCAGCACAAUUGUUAGAGCGUAUGAGCAGGUUCCUUGAGCAGCAACAUGAGGAUGAGGAAUUUCAAACACAAACUGAACUAUUGCCUUCUAUUAAUACUACUACUAACCUUGAUAGCUGAGAUAUUUUAUGUUAACUUUGGUUUCUUUCUGUUUUUUUUUCCCAAUUGUUGAAAAGAAGCGACUGUUUGGAGGGAAAAUGGUGGAAGAUCACCUGGUCACUCCGUUAAGUUGUUCAAUUUUUUUUGUGUGAUAUUAUUUAUACGAAAGGUGCAAUGCAGAAGAAAGGAGAGGAAUGGGGUUCUGACAUGGAAAAUGUAUAAUUGUAACAUGAUGUACUUUUGUAAUCAUCCUCAGAUUUUAAUGGAGAGAUGUUCGUAUUUUAUAUA